AUGCCUUCUAAACAUUACUGGGCCGAAACCGAUAUCAACCCCUCAUCCUUCACUCCACCAAGCAUCUGGAUCAUCACCUUCAACGCGUACCAAUGGCCCAAUCGCAACCCCGCUUAUUUCCCCAGCCUAGGCAUCAUCGACGUCCAGCCCGAUCUUACGUCGGCACAAGAAACGGCCCGAGGCUGGCUCCUGCAUCGACAGCAUUGGCACUCGCAUGGAAUCCGAGAUUCUUUACAAAACAAUCAGGGCGACAUCAAUCAUCUCAAUGAUCUGAGGACGCUUUGGAGGUCGAAGAAUAUGGUGAAUCCCACUGAGCUCAUGCAUGGCAAUAAUUUGUGGAUUGAUUAUGUGCAAUAUGGUCAGCCGGGGCAGCUGGGGUAUGAGAUGGUGGAGAUGCCUCAAAUGACUCUUCAAGACCCCCACUUCGAUAUGGAGAAAGCUGAGCGCGGGUAUGGAGCGCUCUUGAAGCUUCCGCUCGAGCUCCGACAGCAGAUCUAUGGCAUGGUAUUUGCAAAUGGGUUUUUGGUUGGACACACGGAUGGCCUGCGAGGGUUGCAUGUCAAGAUCUCAAGGCCAGGGAUUCUCACGACCUCCCGUCUGAUUUAUGAAGAGGCAAGGAUAGUGCUGUCUUCCAGAACAUUUGUUUUUUACCGAAUUUCUUUUCAUCCCGACAACCACCUCAAUAACCACUCAUUCAAUACCGUCAAGCUAGGACACAGCUUCUCGGCGAUGCAAAGCAUGAAACUUCAUAUACUCGUGAGCCUAGAUGAUUUGAUAGGGGGUAUACCACUCAGAUAUUACCACUGGCACGUCGGCCUACAAAAUACACAAAUGGGAGAUUCAGAGCUUUGGGAGAAGAAAUGGGUACACUCUUUCGCGAAAAUGAUAUCUCAUUUCAAGAACUUGAAGACAUGUAAAGUAUACUUUUUUCUUCAAGGAACCAUGGCGAGGAAGCAUCAGAAGUUGCUGGAAUUAGAGUUUCCCUGGGAAGGUAUCCUAACGCCUUUGUGCAAAACGCAAAGUGUCGUGGUAAAAUUGUACUAUCAGACCUGGAUGCGUGGAGACUGGAAGGCUUGGGAGCAUCCAGACCUCGAAAAAGAAGAACUAAACAAGGCCACUGACGAGCUUCGCAUCAAGUUGGAAACUAUCUUGGGUCUGUGUCAGGGCACGGCUAUUGAUAUGACGCCGUUGUCGAUCAUUCAAGCCAUGGCCACUUUCCACUUUCAGCCAAAGGUCUAUGCCAUAGAUCAGCACUUGAACGGGUCGUAG